AUGCCAGACCAACAUGCAGAUAUUGAAGAAUCUGAUUCUCAGGAUAUUAGUGAAAUUCGACGGAAAGCCUUGGCACUCUUGGAACGAUGUGGUGGCAACAGUGAUGAAGAAAUCGAUUACGAUGAUGAGGAUGACGAAGACGACGAAGAAACUAAUGCCAAAGACUCCAAAUCGCCGGAAAUGAAACAUAUUCAUAGCAGCGAACUGUUGAAGGAAAAAGAUGAUGGUAUUGAAGAAGGGAAAGGAGGAAGAAGGUCACCGCGACGAAGAAAACGAAAUGGUGAUGCUAGUUCUGGGGACACUAAUGAUGAUGAUGACGAUGAUGAGGAACGAUCCUAUGGGGACGAAGAAUUGGAUCCAUUGGUCAAGGCAGUCCGAGAAUUGUCCUAUUCUCUGGAAACGGAAAUGGUCGAACGACAAGACUCGACCGUGAGUCGACUGACUGAUAUGAAUGGCGGCAUCACUGGGAGUAUUUGUUGGUGUUGCAAAUGUUGUUGUUGUCAACGGUGGAGCCGCCGAACCCAAUGCCUUGUGGUCUGGAUCAUUGUGAUUGUAUCUCUUGCCGUGUCCUACUAUUUAUUUCUGACUCAAUAUCCACAUUUGAAACGAAGACAACAUGCUGGUGGGGUAUGA